AUAUAUAUACACAUAUAAAGAGCGAGGGGCCUCUGAGUUCAAGGGUGGAGCAGCCAUGGGAGGAGAGUUCAAGCAUUUGGUGCUCGUAAAGUUUAAGGAAGGAGCGGCGGUAGAAGAGAUUCUCAAAGGCAUGGAGAAUCUCGUCUCUGAAGUCGAAGCUGUCAAAUCCUUUGAGUGGGGACAGGAAAUAGAGGGACCAGAGAUGCUUACACAGGGCUUCACGCACGCCUUCUUGAUGACAUUCGAGAACAAGGAAGCUCAUGCUGCGUUUGUCGGGCAUCCCAAGCAUGUUGAAUUCUCUGCAACUUUCUCGGCAGCCAUUGACAAGAUUGUGCUGCUUGAUUUCCCGGCUAUUCGUACCAAGCCAGCUCCAACAGCUUGAAUACCAGCCACUGCCUCUUUGUGUUGGAUAUGUAAAAUCCCUUCACGAUGAGUAUUUAAAAUGGUACUACUGUUUGUUUUCCGGCAAAAUGAUCCCUUUUUUUUUUCCAUAAUUUAAACUUGCUGCAUUAGGAUAGAUGUGUACCGUUGAAUCCAUGUUUUGUAAUUGGAUCGCCGCACGCAGCACGAGCAGAGACGUCAAUCUCUACCCAUCGAUGAACUUGAAAGCCAUCUUUUCCUGUUUAAAAAAAAAAUGCC